GGCCCCCCAGAACCCAGGACAUGACAGAUGGGGCGCAGGCCAACCCCAAAGGGUUCAGGAAGAAGGUGCUGGUUAGAUGCCCCUCUGGGUGGAGGAGGCCAAACCUCAGGGCCUCCCCUCCUUGGAGAACCUCCAGGUCCAGCCUGGGUGUGAAGAAAUUCUUUGCCAUCGCCGUCCUGGCCGGCAGCGUUGUGUCCACAGCCCACAGCAGCCUGUUCAACCUGAAGUCCAUGGUGGAGGCCGUCACAGGCCGAAGCGCCAUCCUGGCCUUUGUGGGUUACGGGUGCUACUGCGGGCUGGGGGGCCGCGGCCAGCCCAUGGAUGAGGUGGACUGGUGCUGCCACGCCCACGACUGCUGCUAUCAGAAGCAAUUUGACCUCGGCUGCCGCCCCUAUGUUGACCACUAUGACCACAGGGUUGAGAACGACACAGUGAUUGUUUGCAGUGAGCUCAACAAGACCAACUGUGACAAGGAGACGUGUGAGUGUGACCGGAGCUUGGCCCUGUGCAUCAAGAGCCACACAUACAGGGACCAGUACCGCAGCUACCUCAACAUCUACUGCCGCGGGCCCACCCCCAACUGCAGCAUCUACGAGCCGCCCCCCGAGGUCCCCGAGGAGGUCACCUGUGGACAGGGCCCCCCAGCCUCCCGCAUCCCAGCCUAG